CCGACUGUGCCAGCCAAGAAGGAUCCGAGUCAAAAAUGACAUCCGACCUCGAUUUUGGAUCGAAUGACGCUCUAACUCCGAAAUAAGUAGUCCCCGCCGCGGCGCUCAAAACAUGACGACGAGUUUCCAUGCGUUCGAAGAAUUUGUUAGCCGCCCUCCCUGUUCUCACUGUGUUACUAUAAACACCCCAUCCGAUCCAAUCAAACAGAGUCUCUCUCUCUCUCUCUCUCAGAAUGUGGCACCACUCGAGAACUGAAAGGAAGCAGGCAAAGAGUUCAUGGCCAAAAGUUAUCUUCAAAAAAUGGCUUAACCUUGAAAGUAAGGUUUCUGACUUCAGCGCAGAUGAGGGAGACAGCAAUACUGAUUAUCAUGACGAGGAUGAGGAACAGGUCAGAGGGGGCUUAUUGCAUACUAAGGAGGAGAAAUUCUGAAACCCUACGUGCACAAUACAUUGAUGCCAAGGAUAUAAGGAUUUGUGUUGGUACAUGGAAUGUUGGGGGGAAAGUUCCGCAUGAUGACUUGGAUAUUGACGAGUGGCUAAAUACAAAUGAACCUGCUGAUAUGUAUGUGCUUGGCUUUCAGGAGGUUGUUCCAUUGAAUGCGGGGAACAUAUUCGGUGCUGAAGACUGCAGUCCAGUGCCAAGAUGGGAAAAUCUCAUUCGUAAGUCACUGAACAAAGUUCAAACGGGAAAACCAACAUGCAAAUGCUACAGUGAUCCUCCUUCUCCUUCAAGGCUCAAGCCCUCUGAAGAUGCUUCUGCCAUUAUCGAAAAAUUGCUUUUGCAUGAAACUGAUAAUGAAAGUGACAAUGAAAUGAUCCAACAAGUCAAUAAUUCCAUGAAUGAUUGUGAUGAUUUCAAUGGGAUUAGCACUGAGAACGGGCUAUCAAUGAAAAAGUUGGAUAAGUGUCAUCGUUUUAGUAUGAUAGACAGUGACAUAAUUCCCAAAACACCAAUUUCUCAACAAAACAAGCUAAUUAAAACAUGUUGGGGCUCAGAAAAGAUUGGCUUGGCAUGGCCAGAACAACCACGGGAACUAUUAGCCAGGCGUGUUUCAGAUAGUCCAACUUUAAGAUCAAAGUCUUUUAAGACUUGCAGUCCACUCGCUUCAGCUUUGGGAGAUAAAAAAGAUUCAUUAUACUUUGGAUCGAUACAAGAGUUUGAUCCACGUGUCAUUUUCCGUGCAAAGAAAAGAUCGUCUUUUGUGAGGAUCAUAAAAAAACAAAUGGUUGGCAUUUUCAUAUCAAUAUGGGCUCGGAGAUACCUUCAAAAGAUUAUUCAAAACGUGAAGGUGUCUUCUGUUGGUGUUGGUGCUAUGGGAUAUAUAGGAAACAAGGGAUCCAUCUCAGUUAGCAUGUCCGUAGGCCAAACACAAUUUUGCUUUAUAUGCUCUCACUUAUCAUCUGGGGAAAAGAAAGGAGAUGAGCUUCGUCGGAAUGCUGAUGUGCAGGAGAUUAACCGAAGAACUAGAUUUGCGGGACUGCAUAAAACAAUUAAAGAUCAUGA